AUGGAAGUGGAAGUCCUCAGCGUCUCUGGCGCGGCUCCCGAUCAGGUGGUGUCCAUCCGGGCCGGUGGCCAGCGCAAGCAAGCCGCCGUCUCUUCGCUGGGCCAGGGCAUACCAUUUCGCCUUGCCUCGGGGCCCACUGGCGUGAACCCCUUCCGCAUUGACAUCCUCAAACAGGUCGGCUCCGCACGCUUGGCGGUGCGUCCCGGUGAAGGCAACUAUUCCAUCGAAGUGAAGGAUGCUGGAGAGGGCGGCGAGCCCGUCCGAGUGGGCUUCGCCGUGCGUGCCCUGGGACCCAAGAAAGGCGAGCAAGUCGAAGCUCCGCCUUCGGAACGGCCGAAGGUCCGAUCUCGGGGCGCUUCGAAUGCCCUGCCCAUGAAGGAGGAAGAGGAGAAGCGCUUCCUCUCUCAAACUGCCGUGGCCAAAGAGUAUUUGGAAGCGCAUGAGCUCUUGCCUUUCGUCCGUGCCCUCCUCCAGACUGUCAUCCGCGACCGUCCGCUGGACCCGUACAGCUUCAUUGCAGAACAGUUUCGCCUAGCUGCAGCUGCGUUCAAGCCAACACAGCCCGCACCAGGAUUUGCGGCGGCUGCCGAUGCGUACGUCGACCCGCAAUUGGAAAAGGAGACAGGACCCGAUCCCCCGAAGCUGCCGAAGUCCGACGAGACCGUCGGCCCCCCCGAGAUACCCAAGGCCGUGCUAGCGCCGUGCAGGCCGCAAGGAGACGGAGAGGAGCCAGCUGCAGAUGGCGCUGACGUGGAAGGGCUUCGACUGAGGAUUCGCGAUGUCCUGGGCCAGGCCGCCGAGGAUGGGACGUUGGCAGCUUCCCUGAGCCAGGUGGAGCCCCCCGCGGCGCCGUUUGCGCCGAAGGCCGCGGAGCCGCUGGUCAUCCGGCGCUUGAAAGCGGUAGUACAUGACAACACUGUAUCUGCGUUGGAGUGCUGA